AUGAUCUCGAGAACCUCCCUCGCGAGAACCGCGCAGCAGGCCGCCCGGCGCUCCUGCAGCGUGCAGCCGCUCCAGCGCCGUGGCUUCGCUGCCGCGGCCUCGACGGGCGCCUUCGACACGACGGACGUCUCUGGCCUCAAGGUUGCUUCGCGGGACGCCCAUGGCCCGACGACCGAGCUGGCUAUCGUGGCCAAGGCCGGCACUCGUUACCAGCCGCUGCCCGGCCUGACCGUCGGUCUUGAGGAGUUUGCCUUCAAGGCGAGUCGCAGGCCGAUUGCCGAGGAUGACGGGAUCAACACGCAAAGGCGAUCUGCCCUCCGCAUCACGCGCGAAUCCGAACUCCUGGGCGGUCAAUUGUCUGCCUCGCACUCCCGAGAGGCCCUGGUUCUCAAGGCCAGCUUCCUCCGCGAGGACCUGCCGUACUUUGCCGAGCUCUUGGCCGAGGUCGUUUCCAUGACCAAGUACACCACGCACGAGUUCCACGAGGAUGUUGAGCGUGUCCUGCACCUCAAGCAGGCUGCUCUCAACGCCAAUGUGCCCGCUCUGGCCCUCGACAACGCCCACGCCGUCGCCUUCCACACCGGCCUCGGCGCCCCCGUAUACCCUUCGCUGUCGACUCCCCAGAAGUACCUGAACGAGGAGUACAUUGCUAGCUACGCCGACGUCGUCUACUCCAAGCCCAACAUUGCUGUCGUCGCCGACGGUGCGUCGCCCGACGCCCUGUCCAAGUGGGUUGGCCAGUUCUUCAAGGACGUCCCGGCCAGCUCUCAGAGCGGCCAGUCCCUCAAGGUUGAGGCGUCCAAGUACCACGGCGGCGAGCAGCGGACGAACCACGCUGGUGGCAACUCCAUGGUCAUCGCCUUCCCCGGCUCCGACAGCAACGGCUCGAAGCCCGAGAUUGCCGUCCUCGCUGCUCUGUUGGGUGGCAAGCCCACGAUCAAGUGGACUCCUGGCUUCAGCCUGCUCUCCAAGGCCACCGCCGGGUCGACUGGCCUCUCCGUCUCUUCCGCCAACCUCGCUUACUCCGACGCCGGCCUGCUGGCUAUUCAGCUUACUGGCCCUGCCGCCGCUGUUCGCAAGGCCGCCGAGGACACCGCUAAGGCGCUCAAGAGCGUCGCGGAUGGCUCGGUGAGCAAGGAGGACGUCGCCAAGGCUGUUGCCAACGCCAAGUUCGACGCCCUUGAGAAGGCUCAGUUCCGUGGACCGAGCAUCCUCCAGGCUGGAUCCGGCCUCGUGCACAGCGGCAAGGCCGCCGACCUUGCUGCCCUGGCUAGCGGCAUCGACUCCGUUACCGCCGACAAGCUGAAGACGACCGCCAAGGCUCUCCUGGACGGCAAGGCCACUGUGUCGACGGUUGGCGACCUGUUCGUGCUGCCGUACGCCGAGGAGAUUGGUCUGCGGGUAUAA